AUGCCGUCUCGCGGCGGAUUCGAGAUGCGACGGCAUACGCCAACGCUCUACCCACACCCAGAACAAGACCACAGCGACGGAGACGAUGCUGCGUGGGAUCACCAGUCCUCGACGCGCCUGGCUGUCCCCGCAUCUUCCUCCUAUCGCUCACACAAAUCUCGCACCAAAUCUGCUACUACGGCACUUUCACCCAGUACGAACGGUGGUCAUCAGCCAUCACUGAGGGAUGCGUCUGCAGCUCAUGCCUCUUCAUCAACUCCCGAAUUCCCUGAUAUUUACUCGCAAUUUGUUCGACGGUAUCGUUCGUCAGAGCUCGGUAUAGAAGAUGAUCCACGAGAUGACCCGGACAUGCAUUACUACCAGCGUGGCCUCGGCCAGCUGGUAGAUACAGGAGACAAUAGCGACGACGAGGAGAAUCCUCUGGCGGCUGAUCCUGCAGUGGUCGGUCUUACGAUGGAGGGAUCGACCAACUCUUCAGGCAUAGAACGCGAACGUUUAGAGUGGCAGGUCAUGUUAGCCUCAGUACUCGAAGGUGAUGUUCUAAGAUCCGAGAAAACGCGCAUUGCCGUCGCCCUUGAAAGAUCCACAGAUGAACAGAACGACAGGUUGAAUAUCUGGCUUGGUAUUCGUGCAAAACUCCACGAUCGUACCGUCGAGGACGAACGCAAAUAUCUCAAAGAGCGCCGUCUGCGUGUUUGUAGUGUCCUCGUGGAAGACAUACUUUCUUUCCGCGUCGAGCUUCGAGAAGGAGAUAUACCGGCUGCCGCGGCAAUCCAACAAGUUUCUGCUAUUUUACACCGACUCGAGGUUGCACACUCGCUAUAUCCCACCCAGAAGGCCUUCCACACCAAUUUUCCUGAAGCCGAUACGCCAAACUUCCAUGCUCGUUGCGAUACUCUGAAUACGUGGUCCACAGUCGUCAUCACAUUACGCCGACAUAUCGACCUCCUCCGUCGUUGGACAGGGAGUGAUGUUUUGGACGUUUCGCAGCCCAACACGAACCACGAGAUCCCUAUUGGAAAGCAUGGUCCCACGGAUAUUGCGGACGGAACGAGUUUCGUCGAACGCGUCUUGAAAGAAGAAUUGACACAACGAAAUUUCGAGAAGGGUUUCUUGACCACCAUUCAUGGCUUCAUUGGAGCAGCCCGUGAUGCUCAGGUGAACCUAGCAGAACUGUUCGAAGAUAUGAAUCUCCCAACGUUCGAGGAUGAACUCGUUCCCCUCAUCUCGUUCCCCACGAAGUUAGCUCAGGCUGCGCUUCGCGUCCGCUUGGAGUAUAUGCAGAAGGUCAAAGAUCCAGAAGUCCUCAUCAUUGACCAGAUGAUUGAAGACUUAAAGCUCGGCAUUGGCGUCGCAUGUACAAUGAAACGACAAUACGAGGCUUUCCUUGCCCCUGACCCACUUGGCAGGUGGAAGCUACCGCAAUGCAUAAGUGAAGACUACGAAGACACCAUUUUGGAGGCGUUAGCGUGGUUCUUCAAGCUCAUACACUGGAAGCUCAAAUCCGGGACCAAGGCGAUAUAUUUCAAGGAAACAGAUGUGCUGGAAUCACAAUGGGCAACGUUCAAUGAUGUGAGCAUGACUACUGCGGAUGGAUCGCGUCUCGUCGCAGAGCAACUAUGUGCCCUCACCAAUAAGUUGAUGGUUCGCGUUACAAACUACUUUGAGACGCAAGUUAGAGUGCCAUCAUCGCAUUCAAAGGGCAAAGCUGUCAUUAAUGGGACAUCUUCGUCCAACCCCAUUCAAUCAGCCGGCAGGAAGAUGACCCAGGAACAAAUGGCUAGUUGGUACGGUAAAAUCCUGGACGGCGUACGACUGCGGUAUAGGAAGCUCCAACGCUUUGCUAGGAUGCUUACCCAGCGGUUCAGCAACUCUGCUGAAUACAGUCUAGAAGAGGCUACGCUCAAUCAGUUCAUUGCUACCCUUGUUGCUACAGACCAUGUUCUUGUACUUACCACGGUCUACGAAGAGGACGGCAUAUACAUCGUUGUCCCUCGGGCGCUGCGGGAACGACCUGACGACAUUCGAAGAAUGCUCAUCAAAGUGUUCCACGUCGACGAAGAAUCCUCAGACGAUGGUUACCGGAUAUUCAAUAACGUGGAACAUAUUUCGGACGACGACGAGACCGAGCCCGAAGAGAGCCUCUACGUACUCCUCCUUUCCCCUUGCUCACACUUCGUUUGGACGGGCCAUGUCCACGUUAUGCCGCUGCCCAAGUUUGACCUAGAACUCAAGGACAACCGAGUCAGACUGAUAGCAGAUGGCCCAAGAGCUAGGUUAGCUUUGGCGAAGCAGACAUUCACUGACCUGUUCUACCCAUACGAGGACGGCGACACCGAAAUGGACGGCGAAUCUCCUCCCCAAGAGAUCGAAAUAGACCCUCCUAUCUGUGUCAUUGAGCAGCAAGCUCACUUGCCCACUGUGAAUCGUGAACUACGGAAAAUCAGUCGCGUCACCAAUCGGUUGGCAGAAUCCAUCGUGGACUCCGUGCAUCAUGUCCGCAACUCGUUAAAGGAGACGGCUGGUUGUCAAGAACUUAUGGAGAACUGGUAUACAUUUGCCUCAGACCACGGACAGCAGGCCCAAAAAUACAUGGAGCGGACCGCGCUGCAGAAGUUCCAACGUCUUUUGAUUAAGCUCGCGAUAUCUUGGGUUUCGUUUAUCUGUGAUGAUUGUGAUUCAUCAGAUCGUAGGACUUUCAGAUGGGCUGUCAUGGCCUUAGAGUUCACCCAUCAACGUACCAAGCGUCAUCAUAUUCUAGCUAUACCUGACGAGCAGUUCCAGACGCUGCGUGUCAAGGUCGCAACUUGUAUGGGCUUGCUCGUAGGCCACUUUGAUGUUCUUGGCGCCCGGCAAGCUCUCGAAGCAAAGAAGAAUAAGGAGCGGCAAGAGGAAGACAAUCUCCAAGAGGCGGGAACCGUCCAGCCGGGGUCCACAUCUGCGGAGGCCACACCAGAAGACGUAGACGUGAAGUGUAACCCCUUGGACAACGACGCUAUCUACGCCUACGAGGACCGAAGUGUGCGCGCAUACUGGGAUAAGCUCGCUGGCACGUUGGGAGAGUUGGAGAUGGAAAGAGAGAGCAUCGUUUCCCAGCAUCGCUUACUCGGGCGCGUCCUUGAUGACGAGAAACCGGAAGACCGCUCGCUGGUGUUCCUGGCGAACUCAACGUCAAAUAUCCCCAUUCGUUGGCAACAAGGCCGGUUCAUCGGGGCUGGUGCAUUUGGAUCCGUCUAUUUGGCAGUCAACUUAGAUUCUGGUUCACUGAUGGCUGUCAAAGAAAUCAAGUUCCAGGAGCUCUCUGGCCUGCCUAAUCUCUACCAGCAGAUCGUGGACGAACUCAAUGUCAUGGAAAUGCUCCAUCAUCCGAACGUCGUCGAGUACUAUGGGAUCGAGGUGCAUCGUGACAAGGUGUACAUAUUUGAGGAAUAUUGCCAAGGAGGUAGUUUAGCGGCGUUGUUGGUGCAUGGGAGAAUCGAGGAUGAGGGCAUCAUUCAGGUAUACACGAUGCAAAUGCUGGAGGGCCUUACAUAUCUACACUCUCAAAAUAUCGUACAUCGAGACAUCAAACCCGAUAACAUCCUUCUAGACCAUAUGGGGGUCAUCAAACUCGUUGACUUCGGGGCUGCCAAAAUUCUGGCAAAGAACCAACGGUCCAUUCAACGGUCCAGGCGAUCCACGUACGACGGUGCCUCUGCGGCGCCUGUUGUGGCGAACUUGGGCGGCCUGGGCAUGAAUAGUUUGACAGGAACGCCGAUGUAUAUGUCGCCUGAGGUCAUCAAGAACGAUAAGCGGGGUCGGCAUGGGGCAAUGGAUAUAUGGUCUCUGGGAUGCGUUGUGCUUGAGUUUGCUACCGGCAAGAAGCCCUGGAGUAAUCUCGAUAACGAAUGGGCUAUUAUGUUCCAUAUAGGAGUUGCCACUCAGCACCCGCCGUUGCCUGAACCAGGCCAGCUGAGCUAUCUCGGGAUAGACUUCAUCAAACAAUGCCUGACCAUUGAUCCAGUGCGGCGGCCUAGUGCCCCAGAGCUGAUGGAACAUCCCUGGAUGCUUGCGUUCCGUGAAGCGCUGCGGUACUACGAAGAAGAUACCCUCGCAAGCAAUGGAGGCAGCGUUAGCACCGAGAGCAUGCCUGAUAUGGGGUACGACAAUGCCUCUGUGGCGCGCCAAGCCGCGCACCUACACGACAUGGAAGUAGACGAGAUCACUCGAGAAUCACCCUCCACCUCUCCAGACGAAUGA